AUGUAUCAGAGUUUCAGUACAUUCUUUGCUGAGAUAUUUCCUUGUCCUCCUGAUAUUGUACAAAUAAUAGAAUGCUGCAGAGCUUGUUUUCGUUAUGUGAUCGCCCAUUGAUAGGUUAGAACACACACCCAAACCCAACAUACCGUAGAGGGUGAAAAUCAAAACGAAAAUUUAAUUGCAAAACUCAGCAUAGUAAUAAAUUCACGAAGCCGUCCAUGUACAAUAAUAACAAACUAAAAAAUAGUUUGCUUUUAUGCAGCUUCAAAUAUCCACAAGUAUCAAACUGCCAUUAAUGACUGAUGUAAUGGUGAACUUCUCAUUAAUGACUGAUGUAAUGAAUGGGGAUGAACUUCUAGGCCGACGUUCAAUUAAUUAGCAGCACUCUGUUUUCGUCUUGUGGUGUGUUGUGUUUCGAUUGUUCAAUGGUCGGGGUUACUCCGUGAAACCAAGUGAAAGUUUGCUUCUGUUUUCAGAGACCUUCUAUUCAUUCUUCGUUGCCUUUUCCUCGUAAAAUAAUUUGGCAAGUAGAACGAAAACAUACUCCUGGUGGGGCCAACGUUCAGUGAAUGACUGAUAAAUAUACUCUUUCAGUCAUUUAUUAGAUAAUUCAAACAAAUUAGCCAAGCGUGUCAGGCCGAUUUAGAAGGUACGAUAUUUCCUUACGACUAUCGUGCGCGACUAGCAUACGUCAUGACUUUCGACCAUCCCCGUGCGCACAGUUUUCACUUACGACAGCCACGUAUGAAUGUCGUGGGUCUCAUUUACACGACACGAUCUGUCGUGAAGUCAUGACGCAUGCUAGUCGCGCACGAUAAUCGUAAGCAAAAAUCGUACCGUCUAAAUCAGCCUAACGCGCCUGAUGUGUCGCCUGCUCUAAAAAAACAGAAUUGAGCCCGUGAUCAAACAAAAUGCCAGCGGAUGCUCUUGUUUGAGAGCUGUCAAUUGACCUUCAUAAGAAUGGCGAAUAUUCGAAUAAAUGGACUGCGAAUAUAGUGUAAGAUACUUCAUUCCGGCUUGUAGGGGGGCGAAAUGCCGAAUCGUGUACCUGAGCCAACGUUGUUAGUUUUGUGAUAGUGGUCUGCACAUGUUCCAUUUCGACAACUGUCAAUUGACCUCGAUUUGGCUUGCACAUAUAACUUUAAACUACUGACAGCACUCCGCGGUGAAAGCGUAGUUUCAUUUUUAUGUUGGUAAUUGUGACAUAUUACAGAGCUUACAUGUAGGGGCAAAACGACUGGCAUUUCUUCUGAGGCCGCGAGAUGGUUAUGUGAUAUUUGUCAGCGGAUGUCUGAAUUUGACAGCUGUCAAUUCAUCUUCAUACAGAGGAUGGCUUACAUAACUGACAGACUAGUGCCAAUUUGUGCAAGAUCUAAUGUGACCUUUGACAUCAGCUUACAUGUAGUGUGUACAUGUACACGGGUUGGCGGGCGGGCGUACGCUAUGUCAUAACCAAAUUUUCUUGUUUUCAUAGGUUUCCAAUUUCUCUUAGCAAUGGGGCUCCGCCGCGAAAGCGCGGGCGGAAGCUCCGCUAUAAUUUCCAACAUUUUCCUUUUACGUUACCAUUUAUGUAAGGACUUGUUAAGGCUAACUUGGGAAACUGUAAGUUCUUAGUCGCGGGUUUUCACUGUAUCAUACUUUUCUCUUUAUCUUGAUAGAGGACAAUGGAUGGUCUUGAUAUAGAUUCUAACUCAAGUUUAGUAAAACCUUUGCCCACUGCCUUCAUAACAGCUCGAGUUGUUGUGCUGUUGUUCAUCUGGUGGCAAGAAGCAUGUAAUUGUGCCCUUCGCAAGAAAACCAACGCUCCAAGCCCCAAGGGCUGGGCCAUAAUUGGGAAUAUGCUUGAUGCAAGAAGACUUAAUGGAGUACACCUUUUGUUGUGUAACUACAUUAAAAAUCAUGGCAAAGUGUUUUCUUUUAGUAUGUUUGGAAAGCCAAGUCUUGUUAUUGCUGAUCCUGACAUCCUGAAGAAGAUUCUGGUGAAAGAUUUCUGGAACUUCCGAAAUCGCUUUGCGGUAAUUAAGACUAAAGGGCAAUUGCCAAAAGCGUUUUUUUUCUUAAACGCGAUGAAGCUUGGAGUUGCAUCCGCGCCACGCUCACCCCGUCGUUCAGCGCAAAGAAAAUAAUAAUAUUUAAUAACAUUUAAUACUUAUAUUGCGCUUUUUCUAUAAAAAUACUCAAAAGCGCAAUAAAAGGGAUGGUAUCCCUGAUCGAAGAUAGGUUGAGAGAUUGAUGCAAACAUUAGAAGGCGUUGUCAAUACAGGUAAAUGGGGUUAUUAUUUGACCUGAAUUUGUUCUAAAUGGCCUUUUUUCUGCAUUGUCGCAUUUGUAUCUAGUUAAAGGCAAAUUCAUGAAUCAUUAGACUUCGAACGAACAGAAUGCCGCCCAUGCUUCACAUUUAAUUUUCAAUAAAAUUGUGAGAAAUUUGUUUGAUUUCCAUUCAGUUGGAAAGCUUAGAAAAGUAUUCAAAUUUAAUGAAAACGCUAGUAAGGGAUAGUUUCUCGUAAAAUGCGCUCAAUUUUAUAUCUCCCCUUACUUUUUCCUCUACGAUUCAGAACUGUUUAAGCACAGGAGCACGGGAGCCAAGUCUUCUGAAAAUGUUUAAGGGAUUAUAGUUUAGCAUGAGAUGAGUUUUCAUAUGUUAAGUAACUGCUUUAAUAUAAACCCUCCAUCGCGCACUAAAAUCUGUAUCAAAGAACUGUAAUUUUGUUAGUCAACUUAGUUGACCCAACUCAACUUGGACAUAUGAUGUUGGCUCUUAUCUAUCCGUUGAAGCGGCAGACCAUUCUAAUCAGUACUUUUAUAACCGAUUAUGUAGACAUGUUAGACUCCUUCAGUAGAAUGACGCUGGAAGUUAUACUCUCCACCGCGCUUGGUUUCGAAACGACAUUCCAAAAGACAAAUUUAAAAACGUGAAGGAGGUUUUUCGCACUCCUUAGAUAAUGGACAUUUUGAGACGGCUUCCUUUUGGAAUAUAUCUUUUGAGGAUUCUGGCACAAAUCAUGCGCAUUCCAAGCUUAACUUCAAAAAGAUCGCCUCAGAGAUCUUACAACAAAGGAGAAAAACUGGGCCAACAGGAAGACAACUGGAUUUAAUGCAUUUGAUGCUGACAGCGAACGAGGAUUCAGCUGAAAAGGGAUCAUCCAAACUCACCGAUGAACAAUAA